AACAUCUGGGAAGGUCAGUGAUAUCACCCCUCUAGAGCCAAACCUCAGUGCUUCUCAGCGUGUUUUCAUCAUGAGUGGUUGUCCGUUUUUAGGAAAUGCCUUUAGGCAUCCUUCUGAAAAACUAUCUUUAGAAGACAGUGAAGAAGACAAAUCACAAGCUGGUAUAAAUAGAGCCAGCAAAGGAGGACUUAUCUAUGGGAACUAUCUGCAUUUGGAAAAAAUUUUGAAGGCACAGGAGCUUCAAAGUGAAAUAAAAGGAAAUAAAAUCCAUGAUGAACACCUUUUCAUCAUAACUCAUCAAGCUUAUGAACUCUGGUUUAAGCAAAUCCUCUGGGAAUUAGAUUCUGUUCGUGAGAUCUUUCAGAAUGGUCAUGUCAGGGAUGAAAGAAAUAUGCUUAAGGUUGUUACGCGAAUGCAUCGAGUGGUGGUAAUCCUUAAACUACUGGUACAGCAGUUUUCUGUUCUGGAAACGAUGACAGCCUUGGACUUCAAUGAUUUCAGAGAGUACUUAUCUCCAGCAUCUGGCUUUCAGAGUUUACAGUUCCGACUACUAGAAAACAAGAUAGGUGUGCUUCAGAGUUCAAGAGUACCUUACAACAGAAGACAUUAUCGUGAUAACUUCAAAGGAGAAGAAAAUGAACUGCUACUUCAGUCAGAGCAGGAAAAAACACUUCUGCAACUAGUGGAGGCAUGGCUGGAAAGAACACCAGGUUUAGAGCCACAAGGAUUUAACUUCUGGGGAAAGUUGGAAAAAAAUAUUGUUAAAGGUCUGGAAGAAGAAUUCACAAUUAUUCAGGCUAAAGAAGAGUCAGAGGAAAAAGAGGAACAAAUGGCUGAAUUUCAGAAACAAAAAGAGGUGUUACUCUCCUUAUUUGAUGAGAAACGUCAUGAGCAUCUCCUUAGUAAAGGUGAAAGACGGCUGUCAUACAGAGCACUUCAAGGGGCCUUGAUGAUCUAUUUUUACAGGGAGGAGCCAAGAUUCCAGGUCCCUUUCCAGUUGCUGACUUCCCUAAUGGACAUGGACACGCUUUUAACCAAAUGGAGAUAUAACCACGUGUGCUUGGUACACAGGAUGCUGGGCAGCAAAGCUGGUACUGGUGGGUCCUCAGGCUACCACUACCUGCGUUCAACAGUAAGUGACAGGUACAAGGUAUUUGUGGACUUAUUUAAUCUAUCAACAUAUCUGGUUCCCCGAUACUGGAUACCGAAGUUGAACCCAGUUAUUCAUAAAUUCCUUUACACGGCUGAAUAUUCUGACAGCUCUUACUUCAGCAGUGAAGAAUCAGAUUAAAAUGACCUGCAAAAAUCUAUGAAGGACAUAGAUUUUUUUCCUUCAUAAUGAUCUGCAAAAAUCUAUAAUUUCUGCCUUUUUUUUCUAUGAAUUUUCACAAACACAGAGUCCUAAUAUGUGUAUACACAUAUUUAAGCACUGUGGUGCUCUCAUUCAAUCCCAGAAAUAAUUUUACCACAUUUACUGUGAUAAGGUGAAGCCCUUUUGUGAUGAUACAAGGCAUUAAUAAAUUAAAUCAGUUACAUUCUCACAUUGUACAUAUGGUAUUUUCCUAUUAAAAAUCUAAUGUCCCUUGAUACUUUGAUGUAACCAUUUAUCCUACUAUCUCAUUGUUUCAUAUUUUAUAAGCUUGUAAACUUCAACAAUUUCAAAUAUUUUAUGCAAUAAAAUGUGUCAUUCUAUAUAAAGUUA